GAAGGAGAGGAGCAAGAUGAAGAAGAAGAAGAAGAAGAAGAAGAAGGAGAGGAGGAAGAAGAAGAAGAAAAAGAAGAAGAAGGAGAGGAGCAAGAAGAAGAAGAAGGAGAAGAAGAAGAAGGAGAGGAGCAAGAAAAAGAAGAAGAAGAAGAAGAAGAAGGAGAGGAGCAAGAAGAAGAAGAAGAAAAAGAAGAAGAAGGAGAGGAGCAAGAAGAAGAAGAAGAAGAAGGAGAAGAAAAAGAGGAGGAGCAAGAAGAAGAAGGACAGGAGCAAGAAGAAGAAGAAGAAGGAGAGGAGCAAGAAAAAGAAGAAGAAGAAGAAGGAGAAGAAAAAGAGGAGGAGCAAGAAGAAGAAGGACAGGAGCAAGAAGAAAAAGAAGAAGGAGAAGAAGAAGGGGAGGAGCAAGAAGAAGAAGGAAAGGAGCAAGAAGAAGAAGAAGAAAAAGAAGAAGAAGGAGAGGAGCAAGAAGAAGAAGAAGAAGAAGAAGAAGGGGAGGAGCAAGAUGAAGAAGAAGAAGAAGGAGAGGAGGAAGAAGAAGAAGAAGGAGAGGAGCAAGAAGAAGGAGAAGAAGAAGAAGAAGAAGGAGAGGAGCAAGAAAAAGAAGAAGAAGAAGAAGGAGAA